AUGACCCUCGCGGAUCAAAGGUUAUAUUUUUCGUUUAACACGGCACUCACCGCAGCCUCGAAUCAGGGAAAGCGUACGAUGAAGUCCUAUGGGCGAGCCGAACCACCUUCAGGAAUUGGGCAUCUGUUGUCAACUUGGGUACAGGACAAUAAAUUAGCUUAUGAAAUGGUUCCGGGAGAUGGCGAAGCUGGUGGCCUGGGACCUGAUAGCGGUUACGUAGAUAUUCACAUGCUACGAAUAAGCUAUGCCUCCACAAAGACCAAACCUUGUGUCGAUGGAAGCACUACCACCUUUCACAGAGCUCGAUUAAUCGAGAUUGCUUUUGUGAAGCAUUUAGUGAGUCUACUAGAGAGAUAA